AUGAAGACUGUCUUGUUUGCUUUGCUUGUACUGGCAGUGGAAUGCCGUGGUGAUGGGGAUAGGAUCAUUGGAGGGUAUGAGUGUGCACCACACUCUCAGCCAUGGCAGGUCUAUCUGACUUACGAUGAUGGAAAUCGUUGGUGUGGGGCCUCGAUGAUCAAUGAGAGAUGGGCUGUUUCUGCUGCACACUGCUAUGUCUCUGCUCCUCGCCUGGCCCUUCACCUGGGAGAGCACCACCUGUUCAAAGAGGAGGGCACAGAGCAGCGUAUCUGGGCAGAGAAGGUCAUCCCCCACCCUGCCUACGAUGACAAUGGCUACGACAACGACUUCAUGCUGAUCAAGCUGAGCGAGCCAGCCGUCUUCAACCAGUACGUCCAGCCCAUUCCACUGGCUACCAGCUGUGCCCAGCCAAGCGCCAAGUGUCUCGUGUCUGGCUGGGGCAAUCAGAUCAACACCGGAGUUAACUACGCGUCACUUCUGCAAUGCCUGGACCUCCCGGUGCUCUCCCAGUCCCAGUGUGUGGAUGCCUAUGGCCACAUGAUCACUGAUAACAUGUUCUGUGCUGGUUUCCUGGAAGGAGGCAAAGACUCCUGUCAGGGUGAUUCUGGUGGCCCUCUGGUUUGUAACGGAGAGCUGUAUGGAGUUGUGUCGUGGGGUUAUGGCUGUGCUGAAGCUGGCGCUCCUGGGGUGUAUGCUGCUGUGUGCCGCUAUACUGACUGGGUUCAGGAAACCAUUGCCAGCAACUGAAAAAAAAAAUCAAUCUACUUGCAUAUCUGACUCAAGGCCUGCCAAAAGCUUUUGGGUUUAAAAAAAAAACAUGUUUAAUUAAAUGUAUCAAAGCAACAUUGUGUGGUCAUGUU